UGGAGACUUCCUCUGCAGCCAAACCCCGUGGUUGUGCAACAGCAGAGCAAAGAGAGCGCGUCCACCUUUAGAAUCACUCGCUCAGCAAGCAAGAAGAAGAACAGGGAGAUGGAGAAGGAAGAGGUGGAGGCAGAGAACAGAAGGAACACAAGAACCAAGGUGACGCCAAAACUGACCCCACACCAAGAGGAGACUUCUGGCCCCGCGGGUCGCCAUGACUCCCAGAGCAGCAUCCGCAGCAGAAAGGAAGGAACGCUGCAGAAGAUCGGAGACUUCCUGCAGAGCUCCCCCACGCUGCUUGGCACCAAAGCCAAGAAGGUGAUGAGCCUGGUGAGUGGUCGGGGUGAUGCAGACUCCGCAGCCUCCUCUUCAUCCUUCAGUCUGAGAGCCAAGAAGAACAAAAGGAAACUCUACAGGCCUGAAAUUUCCUCCCCCAUGGACAUGCCCUCACACCCAAUCAUCAGCAGAGAGCCAGAGGAGAAAGAGCGCGACCAACAGAUCUUGAAGCGGCGCCUGCGCUCCAGGAUCAUUAAAUAAUUUAUCUUCAUACAGUGCUGUACACAGUGCUUUGUUGUUUAAUGAAGGGAGCAUGUGGCUGCUUACAAAUCCAGCAUAUCUUUCUAUGUGACAAGGGCUGGAAAGCAAGUCGGUUUAUUUGAUCACACAUUCUCAGUAUUUAACUGUUCACAUAGUCACUAAUAUACAACUGGUUACUUGGCAAGGUGGCAGUUUAAGGAACCAACAUUUUGGGAAGUACAUCCAGUUGCUUUCCUGCCAAGAGUUACAUAAAGAUAAGUACUGUAUCACUCAUGUCUUUGUGUGAAGGCUAUUAGGUUGGUAUAAGACGGGCUGAGCCAGGCUCGCGGCCUCAUGUUAAGCUAAUCAAAUAGCCUCCUGCCUUGUCUUCUGUACUUAAUGCAAAGACAGUGUUAACCUUGUCAGACUUGGAGCUUUUCCUUUAAAAUGCUGAUCACUACUUUAAUCAACUUAUGGUUUUUAUAAAAUAUCUGGCUUUUCUUGUAUUAUGUCAGUGUUUACCACCCGAUUAAUGCCAGACCUGCUGCAUAAUACCAUUGGAUAAGCAGCAGUCUGAGCACCUUUCUUGACAGAAUGUUUCACAGACAGAAGAGGCUGACUUUAUUUUGAUGUGCAAUUUUCAUCCUGAAAUUUCUGGGAUGUUUUGGAGUUUGUUUUAAAUUAGUAUUGUUUGUGAAAAGCUGCAGACCACUACACCUUACUGUUUAAUUUUCUGAAAGUGGUGCCCACCUAGCUGCUGAUAGGGUUGAAAAUGUCUCAUUGUUCUGAACUGCUUAGUAUUUUCAUAUAGUCAGAUAUCAAAUGUCCUGUAUUAUGUAGUUUUUCCAGGCAUAGACAUGAACACUAAACUCCUGCUGCACUUUAUCUCUAAGAAUAAAAGAGGAAGAACAACAUGUCAAAAGGUUUUGUACACAGAAAAUAAAUCUAGCAGUGGUUCUACUACUUGUCACUAAGACACCUUCACUACUAGUUCAGCUCAUUCUGUUUCCGAUGAAGGAUUGCUCAGUAUUUCUCUUUUGUAAAAUACAUUAAAGAACACAUUGCAUGCUUUUCCU